AUGCAGCCCCCAGAGAGCUCUCAGAUCGACCUGGGUAAAGCCCAGGUCAUCGAUCGCGUUCCCAAAGUUAUUAAGGAGCUAAAGUUUGGUGUCUUGACGAAUGAUGACAUUGUUAGCCAAGCUGUCGUUGAAGUCUCGGACCGCAAAUUCUUCGAUCUCGAUCAUGACCGAGCGGUUGUCUCCAACGGCCCGCUUGAUGCGCGCAUGGGUAUUUCCAACAAGACGGCACAGUGCAAGACUUGCGGACACAUGUUGAAAGAAUGCAAUGGGCAUUUUGGUCAUGUCCGGCUUGUUCUACCUGCGUUCCAUGUCGGUUACUUUAAGCGCGUGAUCGGUAUCCUCCAAGAGAUUUGCAAGGAAUGCUCUCGCAUCCUACUUCCCGAGGCAGAGCGUCGUGCCUUCUUACGAGAAAUGCGCCGACCGGGGCUGGACAAUCUCCGACGAAUGCAGAUCGCUAAGCGUAUUAACGAGCGGUGCCGGAAGACUCGUCAAUGCGAGCACUGUCAGGCAAUCAAUGGUGUCGUGAAAAAGGCUGGCUCCAGUGCUUUGAAGAUCAUCCACGACAAAUUCCGCGCGUUCAACUCCUCAACAUCCGUGAAGAAGCAGCCGCCCAUCAGCAAAACCGUCUUUGAUGACUCUUUCGCUGAGGCACGAAACGCCAACUCAGAAAUCGAGAAACAUUUCAAGAAAGCACAGGAUGACAUGAAUGCAUUGCGGGUCUUGAAGCUUUUCAAGAAAAUUUCCAACAGCGACUGUGAGCUGCUCGGACUCGAUCCGAAAGAAGCUCGGCCCGAAAUGUUCUUGUGGCAGUUUAUUCCAGCUCCUCCAGUGUGUAUCCGACCUUCCGUGGGUCAGGAGGGUGCUUCAACGGAAGACGACUUGACCGCUAAGCUUGGAGAUAUCGUGCAGUCGAACAUUAACCUGAAGAACGCUCUGCUGAAGGGCGCUCCUGUCCAGACGAUCAUGGAGUGCUGGGACUAUAUGCAAUUACAAAUCGCUGUCUACAUCAACAGCGAUGUGCCCGGCUUAAACAAGGCGGAUCUAGGGAAGCCUAUCCGUGGAUUUGUGCAACGACUCAAGGGUAAACAAGGCCGAUUCCGUGGAAACUUGUCUGGAAAGCGUGUCGAUUUCUCUGGGCGAACGGUCAUCUCCCCAGAUCCUAAUCUGCGAGUUGAUGAGGUCGCUGUGCCUGAACUGGUUGCCAAGAACAUGACUUAUCCUGAAGUUGUGACUCGCUACAACAAAGAGAAGCUCCAGAAACGAGUGUUGAAUGGAUCCAAGAAGUGGCCCGGUGCGAACUAUCUCAUGAAGAAGGAUUCUACUUUCAAGAUGAUGCUGAAGUACGGUAACCUGAAGCACGUUGCCAACGAGUUACAGGAGGGUGACACCGUGGAGCGUCACAUCGAGGACGGCGAUAUCGUUCUGUUCAACCGACAGCCGUCGCUGCACAAGCUUAGUAUUCUGUCCCAUUUUGCCCGAGUUCGACCGCAUCGUACAUUCCGUCUGAACGAAUGUGUUUGCAAUCCGUACAAUGCAGAUUUCGAUGGAGAUGAAAUGAACUUGCAUGUGCCUCAAACAGAAGAGGCAAGAGCAGAAGCCAUGGAGCUGAUGGGUGUGAAGAACAACUUGGCUACGCCUAAGAAUGGCGAGCCCAUUAUUUCUGCCAUUCAGGAUUUUAUCAGUGCGGCCUACUUGCUAAGCAGCAAGGACAACUUCUUUGACCGUCGUUCGUUCACUCAAAUUUGUCUUUACAUGCUGGGUCACGAAACUAAAUUCGAUCUUCCACCGCCCUCCGUGUUGAAACCUCAGAUGCUGUGGACUGGUAAGCAAGUCUUCAACAUUCUGAUGCACCCUAACAAGGAAGACCCAGUCCUUGUGAAUCUUGACGCUGCUUGUCGAGAGUUUAAGCAACCAAAAGAUGGUCGGCCGAAGGACUUGGAUCCAAAUGAUGGCUGGCUCGUGAUUCGUAACUCCGAAGUCAUGUGCGGUGUCAUGGACAAAUCCACAAUUGGUUCCGGUAAGAAGGACAACGUGUUCUACAUUAUGCUUCGUGAUUAUGGUCCACCCGCUGCUGCUGAGGGUAUGAACCGUCUUUCAAAGCUGUCGGCGCGUUGGUUCACAAACAUCGGCUUUUCUAUCGGAAUUGGAGACGUAUACCCAAGUGCCCGACUGGUCCAGUCGAAGAACGACCUGGUGGAGGCGGCCUACGCUGCUUGUGAUGAAGUCAUUGCAAAGUACAAGUCUGGCACACUUGAGAAAUAUCCCGGUUGCGACGAAUUACAAACAAUGGAAAACCAGCUGUCUGGUAUUCUCAGUAAAGUCCGUCAACAAGCCGGUGACGAAUGUAUUGCCCAGCUCAGCAAGUAUAACUCGCCUUUGAUCAUGGCCACAUCCGGCUCCAAGGGUUCCAGUAUCAACGUGUCUCAAAUGGUUGCUCUUGUCGGGCAGCAAAUUAUCGGUGGUUCGCGUGUUCAGGAUGGUUUCCAGGACCGAACUCUCCCUCAUUUCCCCAAAAACGCACGCCAGCCCCCGUCAAAGGGUUUCGUGCGAAACAGUUUCUUCUCAGGUCUGCUGCCCACGGAAUUCAUUUUCCACGCCAUGUCUGGUCGUGAGGGUCUGGUCGAUACCGCUGUCAAGACUGCCGAAACCGGCUACAUGUCUCGUCGUUUGAUGAAGUCCCUAGAGGAUUUAUCCACCAGAUAUGAUGACACCGUGCGAAAUUCCUCAGCUGCAAUUGUACAGUUCCAGUAUGGUGAUGACAAAUUGGACCCCGUUGACAUGGAGGGCAAGGCCAAACCAGUUCACUUUGACCGGACUUUCAUCCACUCCGAGUCGACCACUUACAACAAUGACGAGCGCAGCUUACUCCCGCAGGAAAUCAUGGAUGUCUGUUCCGAGAUGCUGGAGAAAGAGCGUGCGAAGCUUGUUCGCAAGGAUCUCAUGGGCAAUGAACUCGGUUACAUGGACAGAAGCGAUCAUGGCGUCGAUCAGUUCGAGAGUGCUCGUGACUUCCUUGACUCCAUUGAACAAUACGUCCAAGACAAGGCGGAGAAGCUGAUCUCUCGCGGUGGUGAUAUUGAUCCCUCUGAUGCCAGAAGUCGCAAAGGCUUGGAUCACACUGGAAAGUUGACUGAGACCACACUCAGAGCCUUCAUCACCGCCUGUCUGCUCAAGUACAAGAAGGCUCAGGUUGAGCCGGGUCACGCUGUGGGUGCCGUCGGUGCCCAGUCUAUUGGAGAACCCGGUACCCAGAUGACACUGAAAACUUUCCAUUUCGCAGGUGUUGCCGGUAUGAGUAUCACACAAGGUGUGCCUCGUAUUAAGGAAAUUAUCAACGCGUCGAAAGAGAUCAGUACUCCGGUUAUUGCAUGUGAGCUAGUCACCAAGGAUCAAAUUGCCUCGGCUCGCAUUGUGAAGGGUCGCAUUGAAAAGACCUAUUUGCGGGACGUGAUACACUCAAUCACUGAAGUGUGGACGGGGAGCGAAGCCUACAUUACUGCUAAGAUCAACCAACAGACGAUCGACAACCUGCAGCUUGAAAUUACCAUGCCCCAAAUCGUGGCCGCCAUUAAGAACCAUAAGCGGUUCAAGGGAGACGAUCUCAAAUUCCGCACCAGCCGCAAUGCCAUCACUCUCCUGAUUGAUCUUGACCCGGCCAGCAAGCAGGGACUUUCCAAGACCGAAAUCGCGGCGACCAGUGCAGACCCCUUCCUGCGUCUCAAGCAUCUGAAGCGUAUGAUGCCUAAUAUUCAGAUCAUGGGACAUCCACAGGCCGCGCGUGCGAUCAUCCGAACUGAUGAAAAGGGCACUACCAACACCCUGCUGGUUGAAGGCUACGGGUUGAAGCAGUGUAUGACCACUGCUGGUGUCGAUGGUCUCCGCACUCGCACCAACAAUGUCAUGGAAGCGCGUGAGGUGCUUGGCAUCGAAGCUGCUCGGAGUACCAUCAUCACUGAAAUCAGCGAGGUCAUGAAGGACAUGGACAUUGAUCCGCGUCACAUGCAACUGCUCGCCGACGUGAUGACCUACAAGGGCGAGGUGCUGGGUAUUACCCGUUUUGGUUUGGCCAAGAUGCGUGACUCUGUCCUCCAGCUGGCCUCGUUCGAGAAGACUGCCGACCAUCUUUUCGAUGCCGGCGGAGCGGGUCGCACGGAUCUGAUCGAGGGUGUCUCUGAAUGUAUUAUUAUGGGCAAGACGAUGGGUCUGGGUACUGGCGCCAUGGAAGUCGUUCGUAAGCUCGAUUUCUACGAAGGCCAGAUUGGCGCCCGUAAAACUGCGUUUGAAGAUGCUUGGACUGAGCUGUGUGAAGUGCCCCAAAGCAAGAGCAAGCGGAGAGUUCGUUGA